AUGGGCUUUGACAAGUCACGUUCACAGUACAGUAUCUCUACUCAAGAAAGUGACACAAUGAAGCAAAUGCUUCAGAUGAUUGGUUUCAACAAUGUCGCACAGGGCGACGUGGAAUUUGCCGUCGAAUUCCUAAAAAAUGCCGGAUCUGAUGUUCAGCAGAUUAAGAAGGAGAUCGAGCGUCAACCACCAAAUCGAGUGGCUCCUACUGUAUCUACGAUUCGUCGAACUGCGCCUCCACCGCCCCAGCCUUUACCCAUAACUCAUGGGACUGUGCCUGGCCCGCAGCGACCUCCAAACCCCUAUGUUCUGCCCGGCCGCCAGCAUCCCAUGGCUCCUGUUCAUCCGCCACCGCCACCUCCACCUCCACCACCUCAAUCUGUUCCACCACUCAGAGCUAGUCGGCCGCAUCCACCUGCUCCAGUUGCCGUGCCUGUACCUCCUGUCCCGCCAGCGCGCGUCACUCCGACCAAAGUCUUCCCAUCCCUGCCAUCUGUCCCAGACUCUGCCUCCGGACUCAAAGUUGAAACUUCAGCUAUGGCCCCGCCA